UAAAACAGCCCCCACCCCCACUUGAUAAUAUUUCUCCACUCUUCUUCCUCAACAAGCUUUGCCUACAAUUCACACAGUACAGAAACCUGUCUCUAUCUCUAUCUCUAUUUUCCUCUCUUCUCUUUUGACCUGAGAGUCACUUCCUAGUCUUAUGAUAACACGCUCUUCUUUCCUCUCUCCUUGUACAAUAAAAUCUUCAUUUCCCCUAAUUUUAUUAAAUAAAAAUCGAAUCGAAUCGAAUUCAACUGGAUUCAAUGCUGGAAACAGAUUCUCCUUCCAAAACGUUUCUCGGAGUUCGUUUCGUUCUCGUUGGUUUUGAUCCCGUCAACAAAUCCAAGGUUAAAUCAAAGCUUGUUGGCGGCGGCGGCAUCGAUGCUGUUCAGCAUGGCGAGAAUUGCACUCACGUCAUUGUCGAUAAAAUUGUUUAUGAUGAUCCUGUAUGUGUUGGUGCAAGAAAUGAUGGAAAGACAGUUGUGACAGGAUUAUGGGUUGAUCAUAGUUUUGAUAUUGGGAUGCCUGUUGAUACCACUUCUAUUAUGUAUCGACCGCUUAGAGAUUUGAAUGGAAUUCCGGGUGCCAAGAAUUUAAUUAUGUGCUUGACUGGGUACCAACGCCAAGAUCGAGAUGACAUUAUGACUAUGGUUGGUUUGAUGGGGGCACAGUUUUCCAAGCCACUGGUGGCUAACAAAGUUACUCAUCUCAUCUGCUACAAAUUUGAAGGUGAAAAGUAUCUGCUUGCCAGUAAAAUGAAGAAGAUAAAGCUUGUUAAUCAUCGUUGGUUGGAAGAAAGCUUAAGAAAUUGGGAGCUUCUUCCAGAAGACAAUUAUAGCAAGAGUGGCUAUGAGUUGGAAAUGCUGGAAGCUGAGGCAAAAGACUCUGAGGAUGAAGCUGAAGGCACCAGUGUGAAGCAACCAACUUAUGAAAAUGUGGAUAAGAGUCCUCAGAAUUUAAAAGCUGGAACAUUUAAGGCUUGUGAAAUGCCCAAAACUGGGGAAGUGCAGAAAAUAUCACAUGAUUUGAGUGAGCCUGAAGGUCUAUCAAGCGUUGUCAAUGCUAAAGAUAUCUUAGUAACUCCGGGCAAAAGGAGCAGAGAUGAUCAUGCUUCAGGCUUUGAUAAUAUUUGCAUUUCUGAGGUGCCUGUCCAUCUGGAUGUUGGUGGCUUCAAAGGUGCCACUUCCAAUGACUUACCUGAUGCACAAGCGAGAACUCCUAUUUCUACAAGAAGUAAAGACUUGGAGUUUAUUUCUAGAAGUGUUGAAAGGCCUACUCACUCUGAUGCGAAGUAUAGCACUACAAGCUACACAAGGAGAACUCCACAAAUAUCCCCAUCAUCAAUCUUCUAUGGGAACUCGGGUAAUAUCAGAGGCUCUCCUAAAGUUCUCUUAGGUGAAUCCAUCAACAUGUCUUCUGCCAAAGCAGAAUAUGCAAAGGACAUAACAAGCCCUUCUUGUGCUGAAAUUCCUCGAAAAGAAAUUGAAUUACUUUAUGAAGAAGCACCAGGAAGUAAGAAGCAAAAGACAGAUGUUUCGUGUUCUAGCUCUAAAUCACAGAAGAUGAAUCAUGAUGCACAGGCAUAUGUCACAGGGAGUCCAUCAGCUGCUUACACAAGUCAAGGUAUAGAACCAACAUCUUUGGUGGAUGGUCCGUCUAGGAUUAAUAAACGUUCUCCCCUCAGCAAUGAUGGUCACUCUGUGCAUGAUAUGAUUGGUAUGAAUGCACAGCGGAACCCACAUACCAAUUUUUCAACAGCCAAGUCAUCAAAAUUUAGAAGGAACCCGUUCACAGAUCAUGCUUUCCUUGAAAAUAUGAUCUUGGAAACUGGAGAAAAUGAGAACACAAAUAAGAAUACACCACAACCAUCCUUCAGGGACUUGACAAAGGACAUCUUGGUCAGUGGGCAUGAUAGUGGAGGUUUUGUUGUUGAAAGAUCUGAACAGGUGAUUGCAGAAGCAGGGGAACCACAAAAUUGGCAACAGGAUGGAGGGGGUCCGUUUACACAUAAUAAGGGAUUAGAGACAGAUAAAUCUGACAUGCUUUCUAAUUUGAACGUGCCUCAGGCAGGAAAUGAUAACUCCAUUACCAAGGCAGCUAGGAAGAAGAUGAUUGCCAAGAAGACUUUGGGUUCUAGACCAAAACUGACAAGCAAUGUGAGCCAGAAAGGUUCCAUAUACUUAAAUGUAACCGCUGCUCAAAAUGAUCCUACAGUUGGAAUGGCUAAGGGGAGAGUGGAGAGCAGGAGUCCCACUGAUGCCACCGAGCUAGAGAUAUCCCCUGCAACUGUCAAUGCUGCAGAAGCACGAGUGAUGGAGACAGAAUGUGCCACAAAAUUGGGGAAUAGGUUGGGAGAUAAUGCUGUGGAUAAGAUUGGUUUUGCGGAUGAUGAAACUGAGGCUCCAGAGGAGGAAGAUGAAUGUGAAAUUUUGCACAAUGAUGAGCAGAUUGAUUUGUCAAAUAAAGCAGAUAACAAGACAGGAAUGAAAUUGGAAGCAGAUAAUUCUGCAGCUAACAUGUGUGAUGGUCCAGCAGAAGGAAAUAAUGCAAUUGAAAUACAAAAGAGAGAUGGAUCAACCUUGAAAGAAGGUUUUGUAAAAGGAAAAGGAAGCAGAAGCAAGAAACAGCCUUCUGGUAAGACGAAGACCAAGACUGUUACUUCGGUUGUUAAAAAAGCUGAGUCUAAGAAAGUUCUAGACGUGGAAGAGAAUCUUAAUGGAAAGAACAUUGAGAAGAAUGCUGCAGAAAAGGAAAGCACUGAGCCAUGUCCUGCAGGUCAAGCUAAAAGUAAAAUUGUAUCUAGGAAAAAGUCCAAGAACCCCGUUGAAGCUAAGAAGGAGAAUAAGCCUGCUGUUGAUGGAGAUCAACAUGCAAGUCUAGAUGAUAAACAUGUUGGGGAAACAGCUGCUAAUGCUAGUAAAACAUCAAUGAAGUUUAAUCAUAAGGUUAGUAAAAGUAAUCCUGGUUCUACACCAGGAAGAGAAGUUACAAAGCAACUGAAAACUGAACCGCGAUGGUUUAUAUUGAGUGGGAAUAGGAUGCAAAGAAAAGAGCACCAGCAAGUUAUUAGGCUUUUGAAAGGAAAAUUCUGCAGAGAUUCUCAUCAAUGGUCAUAUCAGGCAACACACUUCAUAGCUCCAGACCCAAUUCGCAGGACAGAGAAAUUUUUUGCUGCUGCAGCAUCUGGAAGGUGGAUUCUUAGGUCGGAUUAUCUAACUGCUUGUAGUCAGGCAGGGAGGUUCUUGGCAGAGGAAUCUUAUGAAUGGCACAAGAAUAGCCUUAGCGAAGAUGGAACAAUUAAUUUAGAAGCUCCAAGGAAGUGGCGGCUGUUAAGGGAGAGAACAGGUCAUGGAGCCUUCUAUGGAAUGCAUAUUAUCAUUUACGGAGAAUGCAUUACACCACCUUUGGAUACUCUGAAACGAGUAGUGAAGGCGGGGGAUGGUACCAUCUUAGCAACCUCUCCUCCUUACACCCGCUUUCUUACAUCUGGAGUUGACUAUGCUAUUGUCAGCCCUGGCAUAACACGUGUAGAUAUGUGGGUUCAAGAGUUCUUAAGACAUAAGAUACCCUGCAUUGUUGCUGAUUACUUGGUGGAGUAUGUCUGCAAGCCUGGGUACUCCCUUGAGAGACAUGUACUGUACAAUACCAAUGACUGGGCGGAGAAGUCAUUUUCCAACCUUUCAAGCAAGGCGGAAGAGAUUGUUGAGGAUUGUGAUAGUGGUGAUGAUAUAGCCUGUGAAGUUUGUGGUUCUCGAGAUAGAGGAGAAGUUAUGCUGAUAUGCAGCGAUGAAAGUGGUUCUGUUGGAUGUGGGAUUGGGAUGCAUAUAGACUGCUGCGAUCCUCCACUUGAAGGUAUACCAGAGGAGGAUUGGUUUUGUCCGAAGUGUAGCGGAAGCAGUAAGAGCACCAGCACUAGGAAGAGAAGGAUGAAAAAGGCACUUCACUAAAGGCCAAUUGUUCUUUAACAUAGAAGAUGUCAGCAUUUAACGUAGUAGAUUUGUAUAACAACCUUCUUAGAAUGGCAAGGUGACUAGAGGACAUAUCGAACUUCCGUUCAAGACAUGAUGUAUUUAUUAAGAAAUUGAUUCUUUGUAGGUCGCAAGACAUGUUUUAUUUUAUAUUCGUCUAGAUAUUA